UCUUCGUAUUUUCCGGCAGAUAGAAUUAGAAUCGCAUAACCUUGAUAAUAUUAAUCGGAUCUGUCAAUACUUUGUGUGCGUUUGAAAGGUGACAUAUCAUAAAGAAAAAGUAGCAAAAAAGUAGUGAUAUUUAUCUAUUCAGUUAAAAGUUAUUGCAUCUUGAAAAUGAGUGAAGAGAAAGAAGAAAUUCGAUACAUUUUAAAAUUUUAUUUUAAAAAAGGGAAGAAUGCAACUCAGGCAGCUAAAAAAAUUUGUGAUGUUUAUGGACAUGAUGCUGUAUCAAUACGUGUUGCACAAAGCUGGUUCAAGCGUUUUCAAUCUGGAAAUUUUAACGUCAAAGAUGCACCUCGCUCUGGUCGACCGAUCACUGAAAAAGUCGAUGAAAUUAUGGAAAUAAUUGAACAAGACCGGCAUAUUAGCAGUCACGAAAUCGGUAAGCAACUGAACAUCGACCACAAAACAGUUUUAAACCAUUUGCAGAAAGCUGGAUACAAAAAAAAGCUCGAUGUUUGGGUGCCACAUGAUUUAACAGUCAAAAAUUUAAUGGAUCGAUUUUCUAUCUGCGAAUCAUUGUUAAAACGAAACGACAUCGAACCAUUUUUGAAACGGCUCAUAAUAGGCGAUGAAAAAUGGAUCACGUAUGACAAUAAUGUACGAAAAAGAUCGUGGACAAAGCGAAAUGAAGUUCCGCAAACUGUGGCAAAGCCAAAAUUGACGCCAAGAAAAGUGAUGCUGAGUGUGUGGUGGGAUUACAAAGGAAUCGUUCACUACGAGCUGCUGCCGUCCGGUCAAACAAUUGAUUCUAACCUUUACUGUCAACAACUGGAAAGAUUACGCCAGGCAAUUGAGAAAACGCGACCAGAAUUGAUCAAUAGGAAAGGCGUCGUCUUUCAUCACGACAACACGAGACCUCAUGUAUCUAUAGCGACUCGUCAAAAAUUAAGAGAACUUGGCUGGGAAGUUUUGAUGCACCCACCUUAUAGUCCUGACCUUGCACCAUCAGACUACCAUUUAUUUCGAUCUCUACAGAACUCUCUUAAUGGUACGAAGUUGGCUUCAAGAGAGGCCUGUGAAAAUCACUUGUCACAGUUUUUCGCCCAGAAAUCACACAAGUUCUACAGUGACGGGAUUAUGGUUUUACCUCAAAGAUGGCAAAAGGUGGUCGAACAAAACGGCACAUAUUUAAUUUCAUAAGCUUCAUUUCAAAUAUGAAUAAAAUUUGUUUCAUUUUUGCAAUAAAAUACGAAGAAACUUUU